AUGCAACCAAGUGAAGCAAUAUCUGCUGAGCAUGUGCAUCACUUCGCGCGCCUCCUUUCAAACUGCAUCCGAACUAAUGAUCUCAAGCUUGGGAGACUCAUACACUCCCGUCUGAUCAAGACGGCAUUAACCUUUAACACAUUCCUCGCCAACCGUCUAAUAUACAUGUACUCUAAAUGCUGUUCCAUAGAGUAUGCGCAACAGGCCUUUAAUGAACUGUCAGACAAGAACGCCCAAUCUUGGAACACAAUGCUGUCAGCUUACUCUCAAAAGGGUCUUUUUGAGAAAACCUUCCAGCUGCUCGAUGUAAUGCCUGAUCCAAAUGGUGUGAGCUUUAACUCAAUCAUUUCAAGCUUAACUCAUCACGGGUUCUCUAGAAAAGCUAUGGGGUUUUUCAAAAGAAUGCAAACUCAAUGUGGGAAUGGAUUUUUGAUUGAUGAGUUCACGGUUGUUAGCGUGGUAAAUACUUGUGCAGGUUUGGGUGCAUUGAACUUGUUGCGUGAAUUGCAUGGGUUUGCAACUGUGAUUGGUGUGAGAUUUAAUCUUGUGGUUUGUAAUGCACUUAUUGAUGCUUAUGGGAAAUGUGGCAAACCCGAGUACUCUUAUUCUAUUUUCUGUCAAAUGCGCGAGACUGAUGUAUUCUCGUGGACUUCGCUGAGAUAA